AAGCCCGAGUUCUCUAAACGCCUUAUCCUCUACUUCUUCCAUUUGAAUCCCCUCUUCUUCCCUUCACACUCGCCGUCCCCAAAAGCAAUACCGAGCAUGGCAUCCUCCAUUUCUCUCCAAACAACUCUCCCUCUAUACACCUCGCGUUUCCGCUACAAGCCAGUCUCCAUCCCCGCUUCUCCCGUCCCCUUCCCCUUCUCCUUACACUCUUCAUAUCCUCUCUCCCUCCCCUCUUCCUCCACGACGCCUCCUUCUCCUCAACUCCGCCGCCUGCAUCUCUGCGCCGCCGCCGAAGUUCUAGGAGCCACCUCCCCUCCUACCGGCUCUCCCAACCAAGAACAAACGGAGGCGCCGAAGGAGAAGCUGAAGGUUGUGGUGAAGACGAUGGAAAAACCGAGACUCGUUCUCAAAUUCAUAUGGAUGGAGAAGAACAUCGGGCUAGGGCUGGACCAGAUGAUCCCCGGCCAUGGCUGCGUGCCGCUGAGCCCCUAUUACUUCUGGCCCAGGAAGGACGCGUGGGAAGAGCUCAAGACUAAGCUGGAAGAGAAGCCAUGGAUUUCUCAGAAGCGCAUGAUUAUACUUCUUAACCAGGCUACGGAUAUCAUCAAUCUCUGGCAACAGGCUGGAGGAAACCUAUGAUUUGAUUCUUCUUUGCUUGGUGUUUGUUUCCCGUACUUGAUUUGGAGAGUUUGAUCUUGUCUGUAUACUGUUCGACAGAAUGCUCCAGUGAGGAUGCCUUUGGUUUUUCUUGUCAUGUUUGAGAUCUUGCCUUUCUAUCUGAAUCUGUUUGUUGGCAUCAAAGACAUUUGUAUUUUUAUUUUGUUUUUCUUAUCUGAGAAAAAAAUGCUUCUUUCAUGAAUGUGAUAUGCAGGGAAAGUUAUAUUCAUAUGCAAAAAAGCUCCAUUGUUGGCAA